CAACAGCUCAUCUCAAAAUGGGUUCUUCAUUGAAUCCAGAUGACAUAAAGGAAGGCGAUGACGUUUACUUUGAAUGCGUCAUACAAUCAAAUCCAAAGCCAUACAAAAUGUCGUGGUUUCAUAACGGCAAGGAACUGCAUUCCAAUGUUUCAGCUGGCAUCAUCCUUUCGGAUCAAUCACUCGUCCUGCAGAGUGUCUCACGUGCAUCCGCUGGUGAUUACACGUGUUUGGCUGUGAAUUCGGAGGGAAAGGGCGCCAGUAAUCCAGUUUCGUUGCAUAUACGCUUUGCACCCAUUUGUGCCACCGAUCAUGAGGAGCUACUCGGUGCCCUGAAGCAUGAAACGCUGAUGCUAAAAUGUGAAGUGGACUCAUCACCGCCAGCGGAGGCAUUUACAUGGACAUUUAACUCGUCCGGCGAACAAACGGAAUUGCCCGCGCGACUACACUCAACGGAGACUGGCAUGUCACGACUAAACUAUACACCGUCCACCGACCUCGACUAUGGGACAAUAUCUUGCUGGGGAAGAAAUUCCAUUGGCAUGCAAAAGAGUCCGUGCGUUUUUCAAAUCGUAGCAGCAGGUCGUCCAUUUCCACUACAAAAUUGCACAGUCACAAAUCAAUCAACUGAUUCAAUACAAGUCGACUGUGUGGAGGGUUUUGAUGGUGGCCUACCACAAGGUUUCAUACUAGAAUUAGUCGAAUUGAAUAACUUACGAUUGGCGCGAAAUUUGAGUUUACCGGUUUGUCUGGGCAAACAAAAGAUGAGAGGCACACACCCACGCGAUAACAUACAAAUGCCAAUGUCCAUUUAUGCUCCCCUACUUGCACCCAUUUGUGCCACCGAUCAUGAGGAGCUACUCGGUGCCCUGAAGCAUGAAACGCUGAUGCUAAAAUGUGAAGUGGACUCAUCACCGCCAGCGGAGGCAUUUACAUGGACAUUUAACUCGUCCGGCGAACAAACGGAAUUGCCCGCGCGACUACACUCAACGGAGACUGGCAUGUCACGACUGAACUAUACACCGUCCACUGACCUCGACUAUGGGACAAUAUCUUGCUGGGGAAGAAAUUCCAUUGGCAUGCAAAAGAGUCCGUGCGUUUUUCAAAUCGUAGCAGCAGGUCGUCCAUUCCCACUACAAAAUUGCACAGUCACAAAUCAAUCAACUGAUUCAAUACAAGUCGACUGUGUGGAGGGUUUUGAUGGUGGCCUACCACAAGGUUUCAUACUAGAAUUAGUCGAAUUGAAUAACUUACGAUUGGCGCGAAAUUUGAGUUUACCGCACCCACCAGUGAGCUUCCUUAUCGAAAAUCUCGAUCCCACUGCCACAUAUCGUAUGAUCAUAUUCGCUAUGAAUGCAAAAGGACGUUCGGAGCCUACUAUAAUCGAUGACAUAAACUUCAAAGGUGUGGCUAAAUUUACAGGUAAGCAAAACAAGUCAAUUCAAUGUGCAAAGUAAAUAUUUCCCACAUGUAUUCGUA